AUGGAACAAAUCCCAGAACCACAUAAUGUAGGGGAUGAACCACCACCAUGGAGGAGAAGCAGAGAAUUUUGUGUAUAUCAUCGCUUCCAUGAUCACACAACAAGUAAUUGCAGAAAUGUGGGGAAAAUCAUAUUGCGAAUAAUUGAACAAGGAAAAUUGGAUCAUUUUUUAGCACAUCAACCAAAUAACUUACCACCACCACCAUCGGGAGUAAAUAUAUAUGCAAAGCAGAAAGGGAAGAAUACAUUUGUAAUUGAAGUCGGUGCGAAAGCGAAGAACCUAUAUUGUAAUUCAAUUGUACUUUCAUUCAGAAACAUAGAAGACUUUCAUGACAAUAUCUUAAGUAGGGUGUAUGCGAGGGAUGUUGAUGGAAGAGAAAUUCUUAAUCUUGCGAAAGUCUCACCAUUGAAAUACUGGCAAAAACCGACUAUCUCAUUUAACGCAAACGAAACACUAGGAAGAGGGGAAUCACAUGAAUGUCCAUUAGUAGUGAGAUUAGGAAUUAACCCGAAACCUAAAGUAGAAGAUGAUGAAGAAGAUGAUCCAAACAAUUGGGGAAUAAAUAGAAUAUUAAUAGAUCCCGUAAGUUCUGUUGAUAUUUUAUUUUAUCCUACAUACAAAACCAUGGGUGGAAGGGACGAUGAGUUGAUUCCGUCAACAUAUAAAAUUUACGGCUUCAAUGGAACUGCGAACGAACCCAAAGGUGAGGUGACUAUGAGGAUUCUUCUUCAAAAUAUACCGACAGAAAUUGUAUUAUGUGUUGUGGAUGUUGAAUCGCCAUAUAAUUCUCUAAUAGUAAGACCAUGGUUACAUAGUAUCUUGGGAGUGUCCUCAACAUUUCAUCAGUGCAUAAAGUUUCCUUUACCCCAGGGUGUUGGUAUUAUAAGAGGAGAUACAAUUGAAAGAAGAAAUUGUCAUGAAAUUGACAUAUAA